ACGAGGGGAGGUGCCCAGUAACGGGGUUGGGGGGACACCGGGAGGAAUUGCAAUGUGGCUGAAGGUGGGGGGCCUACUGCGGGGGACCUGUGGACAGCAGGGCCAGAUUGUUGGUCUGCCUUGUGGGACCCUGGGGCCUGGGGCCCACUGGUGGGGGCCGUAUGGGGGUUUGUGGGCCCAAAAGUUUCACGAGGAUGGGCCUGGAAGAGGCCUGGGCGAGGAGGAUAUUCGCAGGGCACGGGAGGCCCGUCUCAGGAAGACACCCCGGCCCCAGCUGAGUGAUCGCUCUCGAGAACGCAAGGUGCCCGCCUCCCGCAUCAGCCGCUUGGCCAACUUUGGGGGACUGGCUGUGGGCUUGGGGCUGGGUGCGCUGGCGGAAGUAGCCAAGAAGUCCCUGCAAGGAGGACAUCUGCAGCCAGAGGGCAGCUCUCGGCUGGACUCCAGCCCCUUCCUCUCGGAGGCCAACGCCGAGCGAAUUGUGCAGACCUUGUGUACAGUUCGGGGGGCCGCCCUCAAGGUUGGCCAAAUGCUCAGCAUCCAGGACAACAGCUUCAUCAGCCCCGAGCUGCAGCGCAUCUUCGAGCGGGUCCGCCAGAGCGCCGACUUCAUGCCCCGCUGGCAGAUGCUGAGAGUUCUCGAAGAGGAGCUUGGCAGGGACUGGCAGGCCAAGGUGGCCUCCUUGGAGGAGGUGCCCUUUGCUGCUGCCUCGAUCGGGCAGGUGCACCAGGGCAUGCUGAGGGACGGGACGGAGGUGGCCGUGAAGAUCCAGUACCCGGGUGUCGCCCAGAGCAUCCAGAGCGACGUCCAGAACCUGCUGGCGGUGCUGAAGAUGAGUGUGGCCCUGCCCGAGGGCCUGUUUGCCGAGCAGAGCCUGCAGGCCUUGCAGCAGGAGCUGGCCUGGGAAUGUGACUACCGUCGUGAGGCAGCUUGUGCCCAGAACUUCAGGCAGCUGCUGGCAGACGACCCGUUCUUCCGGGUGCCAGCUGUGGUUAAGGAGCUGUGCACGACAAGGGUGCUGGGCAUGGAGCUGGCUGGAGGAAUCCCCCUGGACCAGUGCCAGGGCCUGAGCCAGGACAUCCGGAACCAGAUUUGCUUCCAGCUCCUGAGGCUAUGUCUGCGGGAGCUGUUUGAGUUCCGAUUCAUGCAGACGGACCCCAACUGGGCCAACUUUCUGUAUGACGCCUCCAGCCACCAGGUGACCCUGCUGGACUUCGGCGCAAGCCGAGAAUUUGGGACGGAGUUCACAGACCAUUACAUCGAGGUGGUGAAGGCUGCAGCCGAGGGAGACAGAGACCGGGUCCUGCAGAAAUCCCGGGACCUCAGAUUCCUCACAGGCUUUGAAACCAAGGGCGGACCCGGGAGGCCUGAGCAGCAUCUGCCCCCAGCCCCUUGUGGGGCCCCGGGGCCCCUUGAAACCUCCAGGACGGAGCCAGACGGGGCAGGCACCAUGAACAAGUUACGGCAGAGCCUGCGGCGGAGGAAGCCAGCCUACGUGCCGGAGGCGUCGCGCCCGCACCAGUGGCAGGCGGACGAGGAUGCGGUGCGCAAGGGCACGUGCAGCUUCCCGGUCAGGUACCUGGGCCACGUGGAGGUGGAGGAGUCCCGGGGGAUGCACGUGUGCGAAGAGGCUGUGAAGAAGCUGAAGGCGAUGGGCCGAAAGUCCGUGAAGUCUGUCCUGUGGGUAUCAGCCGAUGGGCUCCGAGUGGUGGAUGACAAGACCAAGGACCUGCUGGUAGACCAGACCAUCGAAAAGGUCUCCUUCUGUGCUCCUGACCGCAACCUGGACAAAGCUUUCUCCUACAUCUGUCGUGACGGGACCACCCGCCGCUGGAUCUGCCACUGUUUCCUGGCGCUCAAGGACUCUGGGGAGAGGCUGAGCCACGCCGUGGGCUGUGCUUUUGCCGCCUGCCUGGAGCGAAAACAGCGUCGGGAGAAGGAGUGUGGGGUCACGGCUGCCUUCGACGCCAGCCGCACCAGCUUCGCGCGCGAGGGCUCCUUCCGCCUGUCCGGGGGCGGGCGACCCGCCGAGCGCGAGGCCCCGGACAAGAAGAAAGCAGAGGCAGCAGCUGCUCCCACUGCAGCUCCCGGCCCUGCCCAGCCUGGGCACGUGUCCCCAACACCAGCCACCACAUCCCCUGGUGAGAAGGGUGAGGCAGGCACCCCAGUGGCUGCAGGCACCACUGCAGCUGCCAUCCCCCGGCGCCAUGCCCCUCUGGAGCAGCUGGUUCGCCAGGGCUCCUUCCGUGGGUUCCCAGCACUCAGCCAGAAGAACUCACCUUUCAAACGGCAGCUGAGCCUCCGGCUGAAUGAGCUGCCAUCCACGCUGCAGCGGCGCACUGACUUUCAGGUGAAGGGCACAGUGCCUGAGAUGGAGCCUCCUGGUACCAGUGACAGCGAUGGCAUCAAUGCUCUGUGCACACAGAUCAGCUCGUCUUUUGCCAGUGCUGGAGCACCGGCAGCAGGGCCACCNNUCCUCUCUCCAGGGACUUCUGCCUGGGGUGAGCCCUCCGUGCCCCCUGCAACUGCCUUCCAGCCCGGGCACAAGCGGACACCUUCGGAGGCUGAGCGAUGGCUGGAGGAGGUGUCCCAGGUGGCCAAGGCCCAGCAGCAGCAGCAGCAGCAGCAACAAGCAGCCUCGGUGCCCCCCGUGCCCACCAUGCCCCCUGCCCUACAGCCUUUCCCCGCCCCUGUGGGGCCCUUUGACACGGCACCUGCCCAGGUGGCCGUGUUCCUGCCUCCCCCGCACAUGCAGCCCCCUUUCGUGCCCGCCUACCCAGGCUUGGGCUACCCACCCAUGCCCCGGGUGCCCGUGGUGGGCAUCACACCCUCCCAGAUGGUGGCCAACGCCUUCUGCUCAGCCGCCCAGCUCCAGCCCCAGCCCGCCACCCUGCUUGGGAAAGCUGGGGCCUUCCUGCCCCCCGCUGCACCCAGUGCUCCUGGGGGCCAGGCCCACCCACGCCCCAACGGGGCACCCUGGCCCCCAGAGCCAGCGCCUGCCCCGGCCCCUGAGUUGGACCCCUUUGAGGCCCAGUGGGCAGCGUUAGAAGGCAAACCGGCUGUAGAGAAGCCUUCCAAUCCCUUUUCUGGCGACCUGCAGAAGACCUUCGAGAUCGAACUGUAGCCCGAGCUACCCUGCCCACCCCAUCCUCUCCAGGUGCCCCACGCCUGGGAGCGGAGGCACAACCUCUCCCCCAGUCCUGCUCCGGGGGCUGUGCCUCUCAGCACCCCCUCAACACCCCUUCCCUCAGCUACCCCCAACACUGCAGCACCAACGUUGUGACGCCCUGGUUGCGACAGGAUGGAAUUCAGGGACUGACCCAGCCUGGCUAAGGGAGCCAUUUCACUGCCGGACUUCGGCUGGCGAUGCCCUCUUGCCACCCCAGACCCAGGGGAGGGCCACAGUCCCUCUGAAUGCCCUCGGUUCACGCCACGUUUCCCAGUUUCUGUUGUUGACCUUCCACCUUCCGGUGUUGGGCAGGAUGGAGGAGGGAUGCCUACUUAGGGGCCCUCCUGGACCCCACACGAGUGCCCACCCCAAGUCUGAUCGUCUCCUCCCCCCAUACACAGCACAAGCUAAGGGCUUCCUUCUG